AGUGUGAACACCAUAAAUUUUGAAUGGGUUCCCAAGACAAUAAAAGACAGAAGAUCACACAUUUAGCCAUGUGGUUUAAUUGGUUCAAAAUGUUUACCAUUGGUUUCUUUCAGAUCCGGACCAAGUUGGUGGCACCUGGUGGGGAAGCUUUGGGUGGUGUUAUUGGUGCUUUCCAAUACAUGAUUCGGACUGAAGGCUUCUUUUCUCUCUACAAGGGUUUGGUACCGUCAAUUAUAAGUAUGGCUCCUUCUGGUGCAGUUUUUUAUGGUGUAUAUGAUAUACUCAAAUCAGCUUAUUUGCAUUCACCCAAAGGAAGGAAGCGAAUCCAGAAUUUGCACAAACAGGGUAAGGAAUUGAGUGCAUUGGAUCAGCUUGAAUUAGGACCAGUAAGGACGCUGUUGUAUGGUGCUAUUGCCGGUGCUUGUGCAGAAGCUGCUACAUAUCCAUUCGAAGUUGUAAGGAGGCAGCUUCAAUUGCAAGUCCAGUCUACCCGUUUAAGUUCUUUUGCGACUUGUGCCAAAAUAGUGGAACAUGGAGGCAUUCAAGCUCUGUAUGCAGGACUUAUUCCCAGCUUACUCCAGGCAUGUCAAUUUACUUCCUUGCAUACUCAAUUUACUUAUAUUUUACUCUAUGCACUAUAUUUAUCCAUUUAGAACCCAGUGAAUUUCAGUUGCUAUACCAGUCCCUGAUCUGUUCAAAUUUAUGGUUUACUACGUAGAAAUUACCUUUUUAAUGUAGAGAAUAUAGGUUCAUAAUUCAUGCAGGAUACUGUCUCCGUUAAUUCACCUAAUUAAAUUUUCAUUUUACAUCCUAACGUGUAGCAAUCAUUAGGUGGCACUGCUUGUAAAUGGUCUUUCUGUAAUUCGCUUAAGGUUGCAUUGUCUUGUUUAUGAAAUGUUUCAAUUACCCAUAUUUGGAUUGUUAUCUUGGUGAUGAUAGUAUGUUAUCACUUA